AGUGAAUUAAUCACCCCAAGCCUCUGCACAUUGAGCUAAUGCACCUUCUUUUAGAAAAUGCCUGUUAUGUGUGAGGUGCCCUAAAAUUGUGACAGCCCUGAUGAAGAUCAGGUAGCUCUCACCACAUUUGUGUAUUGCCAUUUUGAGAAGAAAGCUUUUUUAAAAAAGUAUAUGGUCUUAAUUUUAUAUACAGGAUUUAAAAAAAAAAUGAGUUGCCACAUGACUGUUGAGGAAAGAAACCUGUUGUGGUUAAGCAGCGAAAACCUAAGGAAAGUGGGGGACCAGGGCUACUUUGACGCGCACGCCCUGGCCAUGGACUAUCGGAGUUUGGGGUUCCGGGAAUGCCUGGCAGAGGUCGCCCGCUACCUGAGCAUCAUCGAAGGGCUGGAUGCCUCCGACCCGCUUCGAGUCCGACUGGUCUCGCAUCUUAACAACUACGCCUCCCAGCGGGAAGCGGCGAGCGGCGCGCACGCGGGCCUCGGACACCUUCCCUGGGGGAGCGCCUUUGGACACCCCCCGCACGUGGCGCACCCGGUGCUGCUGCCCCAGAACGGCCACGGGAACACCGGCUCGGCGGCCUCGCCCACGGACCCGCAUCAUCAGGGCCGCUUGGCCGCGGCUCAUCCCGAGGUGCCCGCCCUGCGAGCGCCCCCUAGCGGCGGCCUUGGACCGGUGCUCCCCGUGGUCACCUCCGCCUCCAAACUGUCGCCGCCCCUGCUCUCCUCCGUGGCCUCCCUGUCCGCCUUCCCCUUCUCUUUUGGCUCGUUCCACUUACUCUCUCCCAAUGCGCUGAGUCCUUCAGCACCCACGCAGGCAGCAAACCUUGGCAAGCCCUAUAGACCGUGGGGGACGGAGAUCGGAGCUUUUUAAAGAACUGAUGCUGUAGAAUGAGGGAGGGAACAGCUUACAAUCCCAACUGAGCUGGGCGAUUGCCAACAUCACCUUAAAGUCAUCAGUAACAUAAAGAGGAAAAAGGUACAAUUCCAGAUAAAUUUUGUUGAAAGACUGAAGGUUUGUUGGUUUACUUUUCUUUUUUAAUUUUUUUUAUCAUGACAUGUAUUAGCAGUUUUAAAAAAAGUAGUUGUUAAAUUUUAUUCCAAACAUUAAAUGAAAAUAGUAUAAACCAACACUUGCUGAUAGGUUUGUACUGUGCCUAAUUUUCCUUGUAAACCUAUCCAUCUAAGAAUGAUUCCAUUUUUGCCUCAAAGUUUAGGGAAUUCUAACAUUUAGUAUUUUGGGGCUGUUUUUCUCUGUAUAGUUACAUUCUAUUUUUAGAAUUAAUUUUCCAAACCACUAUGCUCAAUGUUAACAUGAUGCUAUUUGUUAAUAUUUUGACAAUUAAGGUGUUGAAUAAAUAAUAUUCUUGUGGGGGGAUAUUGAAUUUUAUAUUCCUGAACAAAGCGUUGACAAAUCAGAUGAUCAGCUUUAUCCAAGAAAGAAGACUAACUCUGUGCCUCCUACAGCAGGAAAGGUGGAUGUACACACAGACCAUCCGGAGCCCUGAGUUCAUAGGACCAACGGCUGCCGUCUGCCAGACCAGACUGGCCGUUCUGGCUUAGUUAGGAGGGAGCUACUUGUAGCUUAGGUCUCUUUUUGCAGUUGGCUGGGAGGAGACUGAAGAGAAUUGCACAGACUGUGCCUGCAUUUCCCAACCUCAAGCAAUGCAAUGCAUUUUUAAUCUCACAGAUCUCAAAUUCACAAAUGUUAACAUGGAGAAGUGCUCGCUCAGUCAGAUAGUGGAACCUGUUCAGAGCACAACCUAAUUCUUCCGGGAACCACCGUAUUUUCUUUUCACUGGAAAUUUGUAUGUUGUGUUUUCCUUUUUGGUGCAUGGAGAUGUGGCUGUUGAGAUAUUUAAAGGGCGCUGCUGCCUUCUUAUUGGUUUAUUUCAUUUGAUUUGGGCUAUAAAAGCAUCCGUUUACAGGUUUAUUCGUUGAGCAGGUGUAGCUUGAAUGCCCUCCACUGA